AUGGCUCUGCGCUACCCCGUGGCCGUGGGUCUCAAAAAGGGCCACAAGGUGACCAAGAACGUGAGCAAACCGAGGCACAGCCGCGGCCACGGGCGCCUCACCAAACACACGAAGUUCAUGCGGGACAUGAUCCGAGAAGUGUGUGGCUUUUCCAUGGAGCUGCUCAAGGUCCCCAAGGACAAACAGGCCCUCAAGUUCAUCAAGAAAAGAGGGGGAGGGGGGACACACAUCCGUGCUAAAAGGAAGCGGGAGGCGCUGAGCAACAUCCUGGGGAAAGCAGCUGCCAAGAAGGAUUGA